UUCGCGGGAAAAAGGUUGUGAGGAGUGAGGGAGGCAGCGAGGAGAUGGGGUGUCUGCAGAGCACUGGCGGCGGCGCUGACGGCGAGGCUAGCCACCAACCCCACCCCAAGGCCUACUCCUGGGAUAAAAAAGAAAAAAUAAACCCUGCAGACUUUACAAUUGAAAAUGUUAGCGAUAAAGAAGUUGGGCGACUCCCUGGCUCAAUCAAAGGACAACAGUUUAUUAUCCAGAAUUGCCAGGCUUCACAGAUAUACCUUUUGGACCACAUCAACACCAUAACUAUUGAUGACUGCUCUGAUUGUACCAUAUUUGUUGGUCCUACAACUGGAAGCCUGUUCCUGCGUGACUGUCAAGACUGUGUUGUGAUGGCUGCCUGUGGACAGUUCCGAACACGGGACUGUUGCAAGAUGGAAAUAUUCCUGCUGUGUCAGACACAACCUAUUAUUGAAGCCUCUACAAAGAUGAAGUUUGGAUGUUUCCAGGCAUUCUACCCACAGCUUAAAGAUCAGUUCACUGGUGCUGGCAUCAGUGUCUUCAACAAUAAUUGGUCCAAUAUUCAUGACUUUACACCAGUGGAUGGAGAGACAAACUGGUCUUGUUUUCAUCAGGCAGCAGCUCUGUCAGCAUCAUUCAAGUUGCCGGAGGGAGAGCAGUUUAAGAGUGUUGGUUUGAACCUGGACACUGAACUCAGUGUUGUUCCAUAUACUUUGGGAUCUCCUGAGUAUUCAGCUCGAGAGGCUGCUCUUGUAAUCAUCUUCUUUGACGAAUCUCAACAUCAGAGAGCAAUGGAGUUCAUCACUUCUUUAAAAACCCGAUCUGCUGAUUGUAAGAUCCAGCACAGUCGAGAAGUGAAGAUGGAAGUGGCAGAUGCUCAACGAGUGUUUUUAACUUCAGAAUACAACAGUGCUAUUAAUCGUGGAGCUGUAAUUGCUUUUCUGUGCCUUGGUGAUGACAUAACAGAAAUGUGUUCAAAAAUUGGAGUAGAAAUGAAUGCCGCUUCGAGUAACAAGGCUGUUUACAUAACUCCUGACUCAAGUACCAGCAGGCAACAGAUUGAUGCCUUCUUUUCAUAUGCCUUUAUGACCAUGUCAAUGUAAAUAUUUAAUUCAAUUGGCAUGUUUGCCCAAUCUGGUGCAGUGGAUGAUAUGUUCUUCACUCAGUCAGUCAGGUUAAGCACUGUUGGGUCCGUCUUGUAAUUAGACAGUCUUGCCUUGGGUAAGGGGACCUUGAGAAGCCUAAUAGGCUUCCUGUCCCUGAUUAUGGGAUACUAUACUAAUAUGUGUUUAACUCAUAAUAAGUAAAUGAGAUACCAUAGUUGAGAGCACUGUAAGGUUUAUACCAAUUAAGAGCACUGUAAGGGUUAUACCAAUUAAGAGCACUAAUGUUUACACCAGUUGAAAGUACCGUGCGUACUGUAAUACUCACACUAGCUGAGGGCACUAAUACUUCCACCAACUGAAAUCACCAUAAUUCCUAUGCCAGUUGAGUGUACUGUAAUGCUUGCACCACUUUUGCCAGGGAACAGUUCAUUCUCAGAGGUCAAUGCUGCACCUUCAUUGGCGCAGACUCCCUGUUAGUAGGAGCAAUAGGACUGACCCCAAGCUGUGUAUGUUGAUCACACUUGCCCCCUUCUUCUCACCCUGCAAAGUUGGGUGAGGCUCGACUUCAAGAAUCUGGCCUUUAACUUUGAACAGAAAUUUCCUUUUAAAGAUAAAGGUUUUAUACAAGUGAAUUACAUAUGAGAUAUGAAGAUGUAGCAACUAUCUUACAAGGUUGUUGCAAUUUAUUUUGGACUAAAUUUUUAUUAGGUGAUUUAGGUGGAUUUUUCUAACUUGUAUCAUUAUGUUAAGCUCUGGAAUCUAGUCAUAUCUUUAAUUUAUUUCUUUGUUUAUUUAUAUGAUGUAUGUUUGCAUGUAUGUUAUUUAAUAUGACAAAAGAGAUUAGAUUGAUGAUUCUAGCAUGAAUCUUCUCUAUUUCUUAUUUUCUUUUUGAGAAGGAAGUUGAAAAAUUAACUCUCCAAAGUUCAUUUUACAGUUUUAUAUGGCCUGACACAGACGUGUUUCAUUGACCCUGUCAAUAUUUUAAAUGACAGAGGUGAAAAGCAUACAAGUUAGCUUGAGCAACCGAAUACAUAACCACGGAGGAUAAGGUGAAAUAGGCUAAAUAGAUAGGCCAAUAGGCCUUCUAAUUUUUCAAUACUGUAUAUUUAAUAACCCUGAAACUACCUUAACAACCUGACCUAACCUACAUGUGCACAUUAUUCCAAAACUGUUCAUAAUUUUGUUAAAACUAGGUUGGGAACAAUAAGGAUAUUAGAUAUCAGAUUUUUGCCAGGGUUCAAGAACUAUUGUUGCACUGCCUGCACUUCUGCACUUCUUAACUUAGAUGUUCGAAGUGAUGACUGCAUGAAAACACUGUGACUGCUAGAGGAGGGAUUUUAACCAAUUUGUCUGGUAAAAUCAUAUGCCAUCAAGGGAGAUGAGUUGCCUUACUUGCCUGGCAUGUGUACUAUAAAUUUGUCUAGUCCUUCAUUACUUCACUAAAAUGCAUAUUGUUACAAUACAGUAUUGUAUUUAUAUUUAAUAUUUACACAUGAAAUGUUUUAGGCUAAUCCUCUCACAUCUAAAACCAGUAGACAAUGGUAGGUUUUAAAUAACACUAAUACAUGUGCAGAUGAUGGGUCACAAUAUGGCUGAAGAGUUGACACCCAACCCACAAUUCUGAAAAUGAAGAAUAGACGACAUUUUGUUCCAUCCUGGACUAUUAUCAAGUCCUGUAAUUACACAACUUGCCAGUGAUCCGGGAAAGACUGAAAUGUCGCCAGUUCUUCAUACUCGGAUUUGUGGGUUGGGUGUCAACACUGAUAGAUAAUUUGGUACUGUAAUAGCUUGACAUUUCUGCAUAUAGGGUAUUGGUCACAUCCUAGCACUGUAAACAGUGUUGACUGUCUUUGAAGCAAAUAGUUAAAGGUAUUUAUUCGGUAGUAUAUGAAGGGGUAGAUUAGUAAUAUUGAUAGUUCUUGAGUUGGUGCUUGUUAAAGUUCACCUGUUAUUGUGAGUGUAGAGUAGUUCACACCGAUACGUAUAUUUACAGCAGUUAGAAAAGGUUCCAAGGAAAAGAGAUAAUACACAUGUGGGUGUAUUAUCACAAUACACAAUUAUUAUUGUGUAAUCAGUUAUAAUUAUAAUUGAUAAUACACAAUUAUUUUAAACAAAAUAAUUUGUAAUUCUUAAGCUCAUUUGCAAGAAUACUCUCAUUAUGUUUAGCAGCAUAUAAGCUUUCAUUCCUUAGUCCAAAAAUCACUAAAGUAUCUACCUCCUGAAUAUUUAUUUGGCUAUUGGAAUGCAGGAUUUUAAUCUUAAUAAUUGUACAGUAUUAUAUUUUAAUUUGUUGUCAAACCAGAUGUUUAUGCUCUACAAUGCUGGAUUAUGGUAAUGAAAAUGAGUACAUUACUGUAUAUUACUUUGGAUAUUAUACAGUAUAUUGAUUUGAAUUGUAAAAUAGUUUUUUGAGAAAAUAGCAAGGUUCAGAACUGAUGUAUUGUUUACUGUAUCAUGUAGUCUUGAGUUCACAUGUAAUGUAUUUUACAAAAUUAAUUUUAAGAUAGGUUUUGUACUAUUUCUUCAGUUUUCUGAUUACUUUAGCAAAGUGUAUGAUGAUGUGACAUUAUAUACACUAGAUGCUUCAAAGUAGGAAUUUAUUAUAAUGGUAUUUAUCAGUGUAGCCAAUUUGUUGACUGAGGAAUUAAAUUACUGUAAUAGUGAAUGUUAUGAAACAGUUCUGAGAUAGAGUAGUAAGUAAAUAUAUAAUUAUCAAAAGAAGACACCAAGCCAGGAAGACUUGUGUAGCAAGAUAUAGUAGUAGUAAUUCUUCUGCUUAAUUAUUGGUAUGUCAAGUGAAUUUCUUACAACUCGUACAGUAGUAUAGGGUCUUAAUUUUAUCCGUCCAUUUUUGGUGACCUGCAUAAAUAAGUGUAUGUUGUCACUUUUUAACAGUUAAUGUUUUCCGUCCAUUGUCGGGGAAUCACAUUUUGUACCUGGCAUGUGUGCUAUAAAGCAAUUUCUAGUAAUACACAGUUAUGUUUAUAUUCUCAGUGAAUUAUUUUUAUAUAAAGGAAAUUGUCACACACACUAUGAUUAAAGAUAUUUGUAGUA